GCCACCGAACUCCUGGUCCGGAUGACCUUCCACCUGCACUGUUCGAAGACGGGUGAACUCCUCAGUCAGCGCUUGUCUGAUCUGUUUGCUUGCAUUUGGGAAACGGAGCCUGUCCCAGACAACUGGGGUGAAUCGGUGAUAGUGUCCGUUUUCAAAGAAGGCGCGCGUAGUGAGUAUGGUAACCACACGGUGGUCAGCUUUACCCCGGUCGUAACAAGACUGUUGGCGUCAAUUGUGCUUCGUCAAUUGGCUCGUGAGACACUGACUCGAGAGCACCCAGCGGGAUUUCGGCCUGAUAUGGGUUGUGUUGACCAAAUCUUCACACUGCGUCAGGUGCUAGAACAGCGCCAUACGUAUAAGCGACCGACAAUUCUAGUAUUCCUGGAUUUCCGAAGCGCAUUCGACUCGGUUGAUCGGUCUGUUCUUCUUGAGACGCUUGCGCACCAAGGAAUGCCCCGGAAGUUGGGGGUUGGGACAUAUGGCGACUUCUUCCGUAGAAAUGGUGAUGCACUUGCAUUUCCCGCCAAACACCGCUGCCUUGCGGUUAGGCUUUUGAGCCAAAGGCUUUGGUUGAGGACUCUAAUCGUCCUCCUGUCUAGAUGUGGGCGCCUUGGAAGCCCAGCACUUAGGACUGAUGCUUCCAUCCGUCAUGCAUCGGUUUUGCGUGCAGCAUCUGGUCGUCACAUGAUGCCGACAUUUCCAGUCUCUCUGGCCGCGUUCAAUUUCCGCACUCUGAAGCAAGCAGGACAACAAGCUGCUCUUGCACUUACACUGGACUCGCUUGGCAUUGAUGUGUAUUGUAUCUCAGAAACGAGAAUUCAAGAUGCAAGUAUAGUGAUUGAGCUGUCCGCCCCGUCAGUCUCCAUUCGCUUCCGACUGCGCACUUCUGGUGAUCCAGAGGCUACUGCGGCGCAAUGCGUAGGGCAGCAGUGGUCGGAUCAACACGCAGUUCGGGCCUGUUUCAUGAAGAGUGGAUUAAUGCAUCAGGCGUGUUUGUUAGUCCUCCUUCAUUUCUGCAGUAUCGUAUUAUGCACUUUCCCACUUACCGCCUUUAAAUACCCGGACAUCCAGUCUGCUUCUAAGUUCUCUGCCUCUCGACUUUCUCUGUCUAGGCUUGGGCAACCUGACAGUGUUUUAGCCCUCAUGUCUCCUUCGGGUGGCAUGGCAGCUAGGCACCGAAAGGGUGUUGCAGCUGAACGAUUGAGUUCUCCAAGGAUUCCUGUCGGUCCGUCUGUCAUGACAUCUGUGUUCAUCUCAACAAUUAAGCCACAUCACCAUCAGCCGAAUCAGCCACGCGAUCUCACACCACCUGAACUUCAUGUGCGUUCGGAUAGAGAAGUUGAAGAUGUUUGUGCUGCAGAGUGUUGCCGGGUGAACAGUGAGGAUGAGCUCAUUAAAACGAACCCUUGGAAACCAGUUUCUGCGACCGAAAAUAAUGCCCUCGAAGCCGAAGCUUGGCCUGAACCAUCUGCUCCAGGAGAACAGAGGCGCACAGUUGGAUUUCGGCAGUUCGAAGAGAAACCAAAACGGAAAAUAAAAUGGCAGAACUUCGACGUGGAUCACUCACCUUGUGGAUUUUCCCGUGGUCGUGGGCGACCUUCUGCUCCCUCGCACUUUUAUGGUUCAGCACCAGUUUAUACUUUUCGUCGAGGUGGAACUAGUUUCCGAGGUCGGCUACCCUUGGAUACUACCCGCGGCCGUGGGAGCGGUGCAUAUCUCCCACGACAUCCUAGCCGUGCACCAGCUGUUCGCCCACCGAUGGAACCCGGGGAAGGGCCUUCAGAGAAACCGAUAGCGGGCGCUUCAAGUGAUCAAAAUUAUGUUCGUCACAAGUCAGAGGCAACUAGUCAAGAAGAUUCAGUUACCCGGUCAUUUGCAGAAGCAGAUGAAAAGCCGCCGGACUACCGGCGGAUGUCAACUAAUGGUUUAAGCGUCAUGCCUGGUUGCAUAUCCGUUACUGCUAUGGCUGAUACAACACAGUCCGAAUAUUCUAGUGAGCCUCAAGUGACUCGCCCUGUUACGGCUAGUCAGAACACGAUUACUUCCAAGCGUUCCUACCGUGAUCGUACGUUCACUGCCGCUCCGGCGCAACAAGGUCAGUCUUUCAAUGGUUCGACUGCAACUUAUGAGGCGGGACCAGCUGGACGCGCUAGAAGAUCAUACCUUAGACAACAUCAGCCACUUUUUUCGGCGGAACAAGGACCCACGUCAACACAACAAUCACCGAUUUCGAGUCACAACGUUCAACCCCUUUUACCGUUCCAGCCGUUGGUACCAUUUACAUAUAUCAUUCCCGGAACGUCCGCGGUGAGCAAUUCCUUUUGGGGCACGGGAAUCCAACUGGGUCCAUCAUUUGGUUCUACAACUCUGGGUGUCCCUGGUAAUCUCACUGCCGUUUUGGGAGUAAACCAGUCUCAUUUGGCUUCGCAGUCGAAUUCCAUGACCAUCGUACCUAACAUACCAACCGAAUUGCCCGUAGGUUUGGUGACAGAAUUGAAUCCACUUCCUCAGCCUAUACAGCCUAUUCAACGGGUUCCACCUCACGCAUCACCUUUUGAUCCGUAUCUAAAGAACUCACUGAGCAACAGCGAUGUCCACGUGGAAGUUGUGGAUGUGAGCCAGAUGGUAUCAUUUAUUAACAACGCCGGUUGGAACAAGGUUGUAUUUCCAAGCAGCCUCAAAGAGCACCCUACCAUAGCUUCUGCCAUCCGGACAGCCUUUGCUGCUGAACCUGAUGCAGUAUGUCCGUCAGAUGAGGGAGCUGCUACCCAGAUCAACGGAGGUGACUCUGCUUCUAACAGGAGCAUCAAACCGGAUGACGUGGUGAUUGUCGAUAACUGCGUUUUCUUCGUUCCUCGUAACGCCAGUCGAACAAAGUUUCUAAAGUUCGUUUCAAAGUCGGAUUACAUCAGGCAUCAUGUAGAGUAUUACUUCAGUCCAUUGAAUCUCAACCGAGACACGCAUCUGGCAUCUAUUUUGAAGUCCAACCAAGGGUUGUGUCCAAUUGGUGAUUUGCUUCAGUUCAACCGUCUGCGAUGGGUGGGCACGUCGGAAUCGGAGUUGUUGACAGCGAUAUCAACGAGCAGUCUACUAUCAGUCACUUACUCCAGCGAUGGUCGACCCACUGCUAUCAGACACAUGUCGACUUUUGCUACGGAGGAUGCCAGUUUCCAGUCCGAAAUUACCUUAUCCCAACGGUCGGAGAAUGUUCGCUUGUCUUCGAACAUCACGCAGAACGGUACUGAAAAGAAUGACGCGGCCGCUUUGUCAACGGAUUCCUCGCAACCCACCAGCCGCGGUCAUUCGAUUUCCGACGAACUCGGCAGUACCUCGGGGUCAUCUGCUACACGCAGUGGCUUCACCUACUCUGUCGUUCCUGCUUCGAAUCAUCUUCAGUUGGUUCAUGCACCUGGUAACUUCCCGGCUGGUGGUAUGCCCUUCUGUGGACAGAACGCAAUCAAUCCCGCUGUUCAGUGCUACCAAAGAAACGAAGUUCCUGGCCUAUCAAACCCAUCAUUCUCUCCACCAACUGCCUUUAUUCAGGACACUUUGUCUUCCCAGCAGGCAACGCUACUUUCGGUGGCUGCUGCUACUGCCAGUCCUCCCGUUCAACCCGGUCUUUCUGCUUCUGGGUUACAUUCUCCCGAUGCUUCGUCAACCCUCGCUCCCGCGCUGUAUCGUAUUGCACCCGCCGGACAUCUUCCAUACAUUCCCCAAAUAGCUGGUAACACGGGCUUUUCUUUAGCCCCGAACUCCACUGUUUUGUUCCAGUUUCUUCCAGCCACUCAUGCUAUGCAACAUGGAGGUUACAUAAUCCCGGCGGGAGGUGCCAAUGCAACCCCAGUUCUCAACCGCCCAGCGGGAUCUAUUAAUCCAACUGGCUUGUGGAUUCCGUUGGUUACUGGUGGGACACAGCCUGCUACAUCUGUUUCAUCGCCUCAGAAUACGUUGCUCACAUUGCCUCCCGGUCCGGUUGGUUUGCCUACCGUGUCUUCCUCAGGCGGCAGUAUGGUCCUUCACUCGGUGGCUCCCCCUCCCCCGACAACAAAUUUAGUAGCAUUUCCAAACGUGGAACCUAUCUACUCAGGUCACCCCGAUCAAAAAUCGCCCGAUAUUUCUCAAUCUCACAUUCAGCACAUACUCCCGAAUUUCUAUUAUUCCACCAACGCAUCCGUUGGACUAAACCACCCUAACUUACCCAUUGUGAACGAACUGAAACCGAAUCCUGUUCACUCUCAAGUUACAAAACUUCCAGGGAAUCAAACCUCUCUUCCCUUUUCCACUGAAGCGGUAACCACCACAGGAUCACACACACGUACCUCAACGCACUCCACUCCAAACAAAUUGCCCAUCGCUCUCCGCCUGUGAAAGUCUUUCUGACCAUCUUGCCACUGUAAAUAUGAUGUAUAUAAUGUGCCUUCUUAGAGUUCCGAACCCUUGCAGUUACUGUUUUUACGGUAGUGUGAUCAUCCACAUUCACUUGUUCUCCUGUCUCGCACGACUGUUACCUGGUUCCACAUUUACCCACGACCAUUCUAUUAUUUUCCCUGUGCCUUAAUCAUAUAUUGGCAGUUAUUUUUCUACCUCGGUUUGUGCCCUCAUCUGUAUAUUUUCGUGCUGCACUCAGACACCCUUUCCAUCUUUCUCACAUUUAAUCCAGCUAAACCCCCAUAGAAUCACCCAGUCUGUGAUAGCUGCGUCUGAUGACAUCCAAAAUGACCAAACCACUACGUUUCAGUUGUGCACUUGUGUGUAGAUUUCAUCUGAAGCUCAUUGCCAACUAGAUGAAAUAGCUGCUGUCAUGAGUAACAUCGUACCCGACGAUUUUAUUCUUCCAGUUAGAUUUUCCACCUUUUAGUUGCACAUCAGUUCGGCAUUUUCCCGAAUUAGACUUAAUCCCAAGGUCAUGUGAUUCUGGUACUCAUUCCUCUCCACAAGCUCGCCAAUCCAGGGAACUGAAGUGCACUUGUGAAAUCAGUCUUCCUAGGUUGCCGGACGAAACUGAGUGAUUUUCCUUUCUAGUUUGCAUCUUAUUACUGUUAGCUAAUCAUUAUAACUAUUACCAAUACCAUUGUUGACUGUCAACAUAAUGCUCAUUCCGGCAGUAGGAUUUCAGUCUCGUCUGUUUUUGUACAUAUUUUAUCUCCCAUCUGCGCUCAUCCUGUGUGUAUGUUUAGGUUGUUUGUUAUUUCCGUUUGUCACGCGUAGGCUGUUUGCACGUGCGUCAUAUCUAUCUGAACCACCAAAUGCUUCACUCACCGCUCGUCCUGUUUGCUACUCUUGCAUCAUUUUCCUACCGUUGAUUUUAUUUUGAUCCCCGUGAAGCUAUCUUACCAAACGAGAAAAAAACAC